UCUAUAAUAUAAAAAAUGCCGCCCAAGUUCGAUCCGUCUGUUGUCCAGAUCAUCACCCUCCGCGCUACCGGUGGUGAGGUCGGUGCCUCGUCCGCUCUUGCUCCCAAGAUCGGUCCUCUUGGUCUCUCCCCCAAGAAGGUUGGUGAGGAUAUUGCCAAGGCCACCAAGGACUGGAAGGGUCUGCGCGUCACCGUUCAGCUGGUUGUCCAGAACCGUCAGGCUACCGUCUCGGUUGUCCCCUCGGCCUCUUCCCUUGUUAUCCGCGCCCUCAAGGAGCCCGUGCGUGACCGCAAGAAGGAGAAGAACAUUGUCCACAACGGCAACAUCUCCAUCGAUGAUGUUAUCAGCAUUGCCAAGAUCAUGCGUGAGGCUGACAAGUCCCUGGCCCGUGACCUCAAGGGUACCGCUAAGGAGAUCCUCGGCACCUGCUUCUCGGUUGGCUGCACCGUCGAUGGUGAGAGCCCCGUUGACAUCCAGUCCAAGAUUGACGAGGGUGAGGUCGAGAUCCCCGAGAACUAAGUUUAAUGUUUUUUCUCUUUUACGAACAAAUAACAUUUUUCUUUUUAUUUAAGCACAUCUUAUUGACAUUAAACAAUUGGUUUUCUAUAUUACAAA